GAAAAUGUAUGUGGGAGGAAAAACAACAUCGAAUGUAAAAAUGGGGAAGGUAUCUAUGGUAUCCAUCAUCUUCCUCGUAGCCACCUUCCCAAACCAUAUCUGUUCACAAAAUAAAACUUCAGACUACUACGAUCUGUGCAAGCCCUUCCCAUGCGGCAAUAUCACCCUCAGCUUCCCCUUCUCCCCCACCUCAGAAUUCGGUCUUGGUCCACUCGACUGCGGCCUCCCUCGCUACCAAAUUGCCUGCGACUCUGGCCCUGCCAUCGAGCUCUCUGGUAGACUUUACUCGGUGAAACAGCUCUCCCUCUCAGCAGAUUUCAAUUCCAUCACCGUGGUUGAUCACCAGCUCAUCACAGAUCUGAGGUCCCGCUCAUGUGAGUCCCUACGAAACCUUUCCAUUUCCACCUUUGAUGUUGCUCCUCUCACGCUUCCUUCGUGGGGCGUCAACCUCACGCUCUAUCGCUGCCCCUCGGGACUUUCUCUCUCCCAGCAGCAGCAGUUUCUCUCUACACUAUUAAAUAAUUUCUCUUACACCUGCCAAGACGGGGAUAAGCUUCAUCUUGCGCGGGAGGUUCGUUGGAAUGAUACUCAAUUCGACCCUCCUCGUCUCAGCCCGGUGCUGCCCCCUCCCCCUACUGGUUGUCAGUUUUUUUCGUUGCCGGUAUCUCGCACGUUUUUGAAUAGCAGCGGUGGGGAGAAUGGGAUUUUGCUGAACCCGUCUUUCGAAGCAAGCGAACUGAUUCCUGUGUUGCGAGAAGGGUUUCCCUUGGAGUGGCCCUCUGUAGGCGUUUGUGAGAGUUGUAAGAGCAAGGGUGGACGCUGUGGAUAUGAUAUUAGCUCGAGGGAGGUUGUUUGUUUCUGUAGAACCGGUAGCUGCCAACAAGUCUUGCACAAACGGUCCAAAUGGAAGCUUAUUGUAGGUGUUGCAAGUGGGAGCUCUGUUAUUUUGGUCACUGUAAUCUUCUUUCUCAUUUUCAAAUACAAAAAGGGAACCUCUCCAUUCUUCAGGGCAUUCGAUUUUAGAAAGAACCGAACCACAGAAGAUGGAAGAAAUGCCCAGCAGUUCAUUAAAGAAUAUCAAUCAACCAUAUUGACCAAGUAUUCAUACCAUGAUCUUAAGAAGAUGUCCGGUGGCUUCAAAGACAAGUUAGGUGAAGGAGGUUUCGGCAAUGUCUACAAGGGCAAAAUGCCAGAUGGUCGCCUAAUUGCCAUCAAAAUUCUGGAGAGGUCCAACCAUGAUAUGAACCAGAAUUUCGUGAAUGAAGUAGUCACCAUCGGUAGGAUCCACCAUCUUAAUGUCAUACGCUUAUUGGGUUUCUGUUGGGACGGCGGAAAACAAGCUCUCGUAUACGAGUACAUGCCCAAUGGAUCACUAGGGGACUUCCUAUCCCAAGAGGGGGCAAGCCUUUCAUUACGGUUGGCAAGGCUUCUUGAAAUUGCCAUAGGAGUUGCACAUGGAAUAGAAUACCUGCACUUUGGUUGUGAGUCACGAAUCUUGCAUCUUGAUAUAAAACCUCAAAAUGUUUUGCUAGACCAGAAUUUGAAUCCCAAAAUUUCAGAUUUUGGAUUGGCAAAAUUGUACUCUCGAGAUCGAAGCGCCAUCUCAAUGACAAAUGCAAGGGGAACCAUUGGUUAUAUAGCUCCGGAGAUUUUCAUGAGAAAUAUAGGAAAUCCUUCUCACAAAUCAGAUGUUUAUAGCUAUGGAAUGCUGCUAUUAGACAUGGUUGGUGGGAAGAAGCAUGUGCCACCAGAAAUGAGCACCUCAAGUGAAAAGUACUUUCCUGAUUGGAUUUAUGAUAAGCUCAUGGAAGAGGAGGAGAUGGAGCCUAUUGAUUCAAUAGUAGAAGAGGAAGUAGCCAUAGCAAAGAAGAUGGUUGUGGUGGGUUUAUGGUGCAUCCAAGUGGAUCCUAGAGAUCGGCCCUCAAUGACGAGAGUAGUGGAAAUGUUAAAUGGGAGUGUGGAGGCCAUUAAAACGCCACCCAAACCCUUCUUCUUUUCUCCUCCUCGUGAAGAUUUUGAGCAAGAAAUUACUUACUCUAAAAGUGAUAGCGAUUCCACUUCCCUCGUCAUCCAAGAGGACAGAUCUCAUGUAUAAUUAGUUGUUGCAUAUACAGAGGAAAUCUAAAGGAGGAAGAUGGAGAUUCUUACAAAUGAUAUUCAUAAAAUGAUUUUCUUUAUUGAUCAAGAGUCAAUACCA